CCUCUUUCAAGUGCGUUGAUUUCUAACCCAGUUGUAUCACCAUUGCCGACAAACAACAGGUUGGUGAGAUUGGCCAAGUGCACCCUUCAACGAAUUGAAACGAGUUCACCAAGAGCAGCGUAAUACCAGACGAAAGCUCAAAGAAGAAUGGGUUUGGGCGAAACUCAAGUCAGCCUACGCAUAUGGCAUGGGGGAAUAUUUAAGAAGAACUGUCGUGGAAGACUUGAAUAUGUGGGAGGUCAGUUUAGGAUGUUCGAUAUAGAUGCAGAUGAGCUAUGUUGGUUUUGGUUAGAAGAUUUGGCUAAGAAAUGUGGGGACUAUUGUACAAUAGAUGCCAUUUACUACAUGGUACCUAAUGUAACUUAUGAAGAGGGAUUACGAAGGGCAUAUCAUGAUGAUCAAGUUAGAGAUAUGAUAUCAUUAGUGUUAAAGGCCAAGUGCAUUGACUGCUAUGAUAUUCAUGGAAUUGAUGUUCCUGAUUUAAUUGAAGCCAUUGAUUAUGUGGGACCUAGUGUUGGUGGAGAGAUAAUAUCAUCCAACAACAAGAAGAAACUUACUCCAAAGGGAGGAAGUAAGGGAAAGGGUGUUACAGAUGAAGUUUCUUUAACUUCUCUUCAAGAAAUUGCUAUGAAGAAUAAUAAUGACAGUUCUUUCACACAGCCCUUGACAACUGAUUCAGAAGCAUUUGAGAGUGACAAACCAAAAAUCCAUUUCACAUGGGAUGAAAUGGAAGAGUCAUCUGACCCAGAGUUUCAUCCAGCAAGUGAAGAGGAGCACAUAAAUGGUGAAAGUUCUGAUUUGGAAUGUCUUAUUACAAAUGAUGAAGACAUGGCCACAUAGAGGAGGGGUUGUUUGGAUAUGAGGAAGAUACAAGUGAUGAAGAGUAUCAAAAGGUGAGGGAAGAAGUAAAGGGCUGGAAUGAUAAGGUAUUGGAGAUUUCCAGUACACUUCAAAAGGAAGCCGUUGAGGGUAAACUUCCAGGACAAAGUCACAGAAGAAGUAAGACUCAUGUGCAAGAAAAUAAAGACCGUGAUUCUGCCUUUAAUAGUGAAUAUGAAGACACAGAUGAGGAAAUGUUAACACCUGAUGAAGAUGAAGAACAAUACCAAUUGAAGAAAAAAAUGAGGGAAAAGAUUCUAAUGGUGAAUGAACACACAAAUUACAACAUAUUGGAGUGGAAAGUAGGGACCAGGUUUGAAAGUAGGGGAAAAUUCAGAGAUGCGGUGGUUAGGUUUGCAGUGGCCCAAGGGAGAAACCUAAUGUUCAGUGUAAGUGAUAAGAAACGGCAGCAAAGGUUGGGUGCAAAAUGUGUGCCCGGGUGUCCCUUCAGGAUAUAUGCUAGUCGGGAUAGUAGAAGAGGCUCGUUUGUGGUGAAAUCACUGGUGGGUUCUCACAUGUGUCACAGAAACAUGGAGGCUAAUAAACAACUUAAAUCUUCAUGGGUACCUAAACAGUUUCUAGAAGUUUUUAAAUCAAGACCCCAUUGGCCGGCUAAAGAAAUUAUUGAAACUGUAAGAAGGGCAUACAGAGUUGUUGUUAAGAAGAACUUUGCUUACAAAGUGAAGUACAUUGCCCACAGAAAACUUCAUGGAAGUAUGAAGGAUCACUACAACAAACUAGGGAGGUACUUAGAGGCCCUGGCUCUUGCAAGUCUUGCUAGUCACUUCCAGCUUGAAGUUAACCCGGAAUUGAGAGUUUCCCCCCUGUAUUUCAGAGGCUUUUUGUGUGCUUUGAUGGUGUUAAGCAAGGAUGGUUACAAGGGUGUAGAAAAGUCUUGUGUGUGGAUGGAUGUUUUCUAAAAACAUUUCUAGGUGGUGUGUUGCUAUCAGCUAUUGGAAGAGAUGCAAAUGAGCAAAUGUAUCCUCUUGCUUGGGAAGUGGUAGAAGGGGAAAAUAAUGACAGUUGGGAGUGGUUCUUCAUUCAGCUUAACAAACCAAUUGGUGAAACAGAUGGUUCUGAACUCACAAUAAUUUCUGAUGAACACCGGGCUAUUCUGAAUGGAGUACAGAAAGUUAUCCCUAAAGCAGAACACCGACACUGUGCGAGGCACAUAUAUGCUAACUGGCACAAGAACCAUAAAGGAGAUGAGCUGAAAAUGGCCUUUUGGAAAAUAGUUAAAGCAUACAAUGAGGCUGACUAUUAUGAUGCUUUGACUGAGAUGGAACAACUGAGCCCAACAGCCACACAAGCUUUCAAAGCCUAUGAUCCAAGAAGAUUAUGUAGGUCUUUUAUACAAACAAAGACCAAAUGUGAUGUCAUUGUUAACAACAUGGCCGAGACAUUCAAUGGUUAUAUUCUAAAUGCUAGAACAAAGCAUUUGAUCUUCGUGAUGGAAGACAUCAGGACAGCUUUAAUGCAAAGAAUUGUUCAGAAAAGACAAAUGGAAGUUAGUCACCAUUUCAUAUGUCCUAGGAUACAGGCAAAAUUAGAAAAAGAGAAGGAAGAAGCAGCUAAAUGUGCAACAAUGCCAUCAUCUCUUAUGUUAUUUCAGGUGAGCCAUAAAAUGGAUAGUGUCACUGUGGAUCUGACAUGUAAGACCUGUACAUGUAGAAAAUGGGAAUUGACUGGAGUCCCAUGUUGUCAUUCCAUUGCGUGCAUGUUUUUUCUCCACCACGCCCCUGAAGAGUAUGUGCAUGAUUAUUACAAGAAACAGACAUACAUGAAGGCAUACAGUGGUUCUAUCCCCCCAUGUUGUGGUGAAAGACAUUGGCCAAGAAAAGAGCUUGCUUUGGACCCUACUCCAAUAAAAAUAGGGCCUGGGAGACCGAGGAAAAAGAGGCGAAAAGAUCCACAUGAAGAAAAAAAACCGGGAAGUUAACCAAGUAUGGAAUGGAGAUGUCUUGUAGCAUAUGUAAGUCCAAACUACACAAUAAAAGGAAAUGUCCUGAUAAAGACAACAUCACAUCCUCAAGUGUUCAAAACCAAGUCAAGAAACCAAGGGGAAGACCUAGGAAGCAUGGCAUACCUUCUGUUGAGACUGAAAGGCAAAGUGAGUAUGGUAAUGUGACUGCCCAACCAACACAAACUGGAAGAGGUGGAAGGGUAAUCAUGAGAGGCAGAGGGAGAGGAAAAGGGAGAGGGAAAGGCACCCAGAUGCAGGUCCCUCGGGGUUUUGGCGUGUUCACUGAUGGCCAAGGAAACACCAUUGUUAAUUCACCUGGUCAAGUUGGAGGUCCCAGAGUGAUUUCAGGGAGUGGAUGUCCUCCUUCAAGCAACGCUGGUGCACCUCCUUGAAAGAAUGAAGUGAUUUGGAUGCAAUGAAGUUGUAAAAGAUGUUGUUUUCCAUUUGAAGUUCUUCUGUAUUGUUGUUUAAUGGAACUUUUAGAGAAUGAUGUAUUUUACUUUUCUGCAAUGACUUUUGUUGACAAGUUUAUCCUGUUAGACAAUGACUUCUGUUGACAAUUUGAAUGUGGUUUUUGCCUUUUCUGCA